GCCAAGCAACUGUUUUGUAUUUAUCAUUGAUCAAAUUCAUUCUAUCGGCGUUUAUGGAUCCAUGUAUAUCACCAACAGAGGCUGUUUUCAAUUGCUGGUAUACGCUGUUUGUAAUAAGAGCUUGGAGAAAAUGGUGCAUGAAUAAAUUUAAAACAGUUAAACAUUGUAUUACAAGCAAUACAUAUUGGUGUUUGGAACUAAAUGCUCACAGCCUUGUAAAAUAUAUCAACAUUUGUCGAGAUGAAAACAUACCAUAUAUACCUACACUUUUGCACAGUCAGACAUGCGAAAGUUUUUUUCGUGCAGCACGAUCGUUUACAACAACUGAAUCGACAGUGGUUAAUUUCACUAUGAAAAGUUUUCAAUCCAGACUGAAUCGCAUACAAGCAAAACAAGAUAUUAUGUAUAGCAGGACUGAAGAAUUUUCCUUCCCGAGAAUACAACAAAAUACAAAUACUGUAAACUUCGACAUGCCAUCAACUCAAGAAAUUGUAUGUACUUUAACGAAAGCAAGAGCAUAUGCAUUUGAUACUCUUAUCAGUCUUGGAAUUGAUAAAUUGGAUAUCGAAUUUACAGAUUCUCUUUCACUGCGACAUUCGCGAACAAAACCAACUGAUUUUGAAUUCAUUUCUCUACAAUGCUCCGGAAAUAGUGCAAUUGAACGAAACUUUGAAGCGUUAGAUAUAAACGAUGUGGAAGAACUAAUCCCUAAUUCUGGAGGAGAGUUGAAUUUGAAGAAUUCGAAAUGCUCAACAAGACAUACAUUCGCUAUUAGAAACAAGAAAGGUACUGUGAUUCAUGUCAAGAAAAGUACGUUCCUAUGGAUUUUAUCUAAUGGCACUCAAAGAUGCUCGAGUGAUCGCUCUUAUCGAUUUCGAGAAACAUCGGCAGUCAAUGAAGCAGUUGUGCGUGAGGUUAAUAAAGUAUUUACUUCAAUCCGUUGCGGAGAAUGGAUAGCGAUGAAAGCAAACGAAGAAGUGUUCAUAGUAAAAAUAUAUGGUUUCAAAUAUUUGAGUGGAGACCGAACGUCGUAUACUUUAACUGAAGCUCCAAUACAUGUACCUACAGGUACCACCGCAAAAGGUGUUGGGGUAAUUGGAAAUUACUUCACAAUUGUUUGUUGUAAAAAGGAUAUUGUAUUAGAAUUAGAUGAAGAAUCCAACGAACGUACUCUAGACACAAAAUACUAUAUCUCUCAUUUGGAAAAGCCAGAAACUCACACUUAUGGCAUAUUUUAUAAAUUAAACACAUCGAAAUACAUUCGUGCACUUUUAUUGGCUUCUGCUAAUACAAUAAAUAAAAAUAUGAUUUGA